UGGAAAAUGGUGCUGUACGUUGUAAAUAAAGUGCUAAACCAUACCUCAUCUUUCGUAGAAAACAUGUUUCGAGAAGCGGCAAACACGAAUCGAUCGUUAAAAAGUUGCACGUUGUCAGCUUUAAGGUCCAGAUUGCCGCAGCUUACCAUCAGGCCCAACAAAGUUGUGAUACAGGCAGCUUCGAUUACUCCAACCAGCAAAACAUCACCCAGAAUCAAUGUUACUGCAGCACCGACUAAAGCAACAACCAGUGCAAUACCUUCACGAUUGUUACCACCAAACAGUUUUAACGCAGCUCCAGCCAAAGCAACAACCAGUGCAUUAAAUUCACGAUUGUUACCACCUAACAGUUUUAACGCAGCUCCUGCCAAAGCAACAACCGCACAGUGCAAUCCUAUGCUCCUCAAUACAUGUAAAAUAUAUCUACCAACACCCACCGUUAAAAAGCCGGCACCAUCCAUCAUCGAUGCAACUUCUGAGAAAGAAAAACGAAAUGUGUUAAAUUUGAAAACGGGAAAAUUGUACCGACCAAAACUUCUUAUAAAUACAUCUCCUGAGACAGUGUCUGUAGCAUCACGCAGUACACAAACAUCUAUGCUGGAUGCCGCGCAGACAAAUCCAGCUACAAGCUCAGCAUUUGAAAGUCAAACCAGCGAGCAACUAACUGUACUGAAUAAGUCUGUUGCACUGAUCUGGGCUGAGUUGAAUUAUUUGACUGAUCACCGUAACAAAACAACUUAUGGAGCAGGUACGAUGCAGGGGCCGGGGCAUCCAAUAACAACAUCGAUUAUGACACUACCGUUCCUUACAUCGGAAGCAGAGCUAACUGCUUUCAACGAAAACUUAGGUAAUGAUGACUUUUUUGAAAGCGUCCUUCUUCUUAUUAAUGAUAAAGUAUCCGGAAAGCCGUAUGCCGAAAAUCGCAUGCAUGACACAUUCAUGAUGCUGUUCGAUAGAACAUUUUUAGUGACAUGCAGUUGGCAUGGUAGAGGUGAAAACUGGCCCUUAAACAAGACUGGACGAUAAAGCCAAUAUUUGGCGAUUAUUCAAAACUGAAGGAGAACAGUUCGAAAUAGUUACAAUUGAAGACGUAGAACGUUUGGCAAAAACUAAAAUUAACAAUGCGUCAAGCUUAAAAAAAAUAUAAAGGUUUGGUUAAAAGCUCCACCAAGUGCU